UAGUUUUAGUUCUGUGAGUAAGUGCUCAUCUUUGUCUUUGCUGUGAAAUUAAAAAUGGAUACCAAAGUUCUAUCUUCUGGAGUUCGCUACUCAAACUUGCCGGAAAGUUACAUCAGACCGGAAUCGGAGCGACCCCGACUAUCGGAAGUUUCCGAAUGCGAAAACGUUCCAAUUAUUGACUUGGGUUGUGAAGAUAGAAGCUUCCUUGUUCAACAAAUUGCUGAAGCUUGCAAGUGUUAUGGCUUUUUCCAGGUUAUCAAUCAUGGAGUGAGACUGGAAGCAGUUGAUAAAAUUUUAGAAGUAGUCCAUGAAUUCUUCAGGCUUCCAGUUGAAGAGAAGCUUAAGCUAUAUUCAGAUGACCCAUCAAAGACAAUGAGACUUUCCACAAGUUUUAAUGUGAACAAAGAGAAAGUACACAAUUGGAGAGAUUAUCUAAGACUCCAUUGUUAUCCACUCCAAAAGUAUGUACCUGAAUGGCCUUCAAAUCCCUCUUCUUUCAAUAUUACGUGAGCAAGGUGACAUCAUACAAAAGGAAUAGAUUCUUAGUAUUGCU